AGUAUCGAUCAUUACAUUCCUCAGUGGGUUAGACUACGCAAUAGUUACACUUAGAGGCCCCUUGUAGGAACCAUUGCGAAAGUGAAUCGGUGGUUACAUGACUGUUUUUGGACCGCUUUCGAGUCCUUUCUUAGUGAAAGUGUACGCCUACCUUUGUUGCCUUGGGAUUUGAGACCAAUUGGGACUUAGAGCGCGCCAAACCCUUCAAUGAUGGACAAGUGUACAUGCAAUGGCCAGCAGAUCUACCAGCAGGACUCCUGAAGAGCAACUUCGCAGUUUGUUUAGUGAGUGUGAAUUAACACCACUAGGAUCCCUCACAUUGAGAGGGCUCCAACAAUUGUGUGCAAAGCUUCAACUAGGAAAUUGUACAAAUGAACUUUUGAAUAGACUACGCAAGCACAGGCUCAAGGUGUGUGGCCCAUACACACCAAAGACUAUCGAUGAUCCGUUACAAGAUGUAACCUUUGAUGAAUUUAGAGAAGUCUUUAUUUUCCUCCUCUCUGAACAGGAGCAUCUUUCAUCUACCUCAAUUCUUGCACAUGGAGAUAUGAGUACAGAAGAAUCUUCUUAUGGAACAGCUGAGGAAGUCAUUAUGGAGGGUUGCUCUAAUGCAACGUUGACAUCAAAUGACGGUGCAAGCAGACCUGAUUCUCAAAUCUCUGUCACUCAGCCCCUGGAAGAGUUGGAGGAAAAACUAAGUGAGCCUGUUGUACAAGAGGCUAGUAGUCAGCCACCCAGCCUCUCAUACUCAGGAGACAAUGAAGAAGAAUACCUACGUGCCACAUGGCAGCGCCUUGGUGUUGGCCAUGAUGGCUAUCUUUCCUUGGAUGAGUUGGCUACCGUCUGUCAUGCAAUUGGAAUGGAAAAGGUUGCUAAUGAGGUAAAGGGAGAUAUUCCAGACCCAUUAGUCAAUCUUGAAUUGUGGUUUCUAUGUGACAUCGUGGCACAGGUUUUAGAACAGCUGUUCAGUCGGUUGGAUGUUGAUGGCGAUGGUAGAAUUAGUUUUGAAGAAUUCCUUCAUAUGUUCCAAAAUGGAGGACCAAGUGGAAACACUUCUCUUGUACUGGAUGAAUCUCAACACCAGGAAGUUCCUGGUACCCCUCUAAGUCGCAUGAGUUCUGUCAGUGAUGAUCGACGCGGUGGAACAGGUACAGAAUCUGGGGUCUUCUCUUCUGUUGAUCCUGACAACACAGGGUAUGCCAGUGUGGAGACAAUACUCGAGUUGUGGGAAUCUCUAAGCAUUGGAAAUGGCGUUAGCUUACUUAAGGAGAUGGGUUUUCCACACCGUCCACAUGAUCGCCUCUCAUUGGCCGACCUUUCUACAGCCUUGGAGGAAGAAUGUCGGGUAACAGAUGAUCAGGCAGCGACCACAACUGCCACUCCUGUCCAACUGGCUGUUAUUACUUACCUUCAUGAAAUUAAGUUCCUAAGAUUGUCUCUAGAUUCUGCUCGAGGUGAAAGAAAUAAGUUGCGCUUUGACCUAAAUGAGGCAAAUCAGCGUUUAGCCCUGCUGGCUCAGGAGCUAGAUGAACAUAAUGCCCAUAUGGAAGCCUCAUCUCAACAUCAAAUUCAGGAACUAGAGAGGCAGUAUAGGGACCAAGUUCGUGAGCUUCAGGAAGCUAUAACACGAGAGCGAGAUGCAGCCAGGGACCAGGUGUCAUCUGUCAUGCGAGAACUACAGUCGCAAAAUAGCCAGCUUUUGCAAGAAGAUUCCAAACUCAAGGCUAAGCUUUCAACACUUCAUGCAGAUAUAAAGCGCCUGGAGACUGAAAAUUUUGAAUUGAGUGAGAAAUUACAGGAAGCUCAGCGACAGAUAUCCCAAAUGGAAAAGCAAUUGGUAGAUCUGCAAGAGCUCAGGAAAAAGGUUGCAGAAUUUGAAUCUUUAAGCCCAAGGGAAGAGGAGUAUAGAAGAUUGUUGGACAGGUUGGAGCGUGUAACUGCCGAGAACCAGCAACUGCGAGAUAAUAAUGAUGAAUUACUCUCACAGAUGGAUUCGUUCCCAUUACGUCAAAAUCAUGCUAGAAAUAGUGACAAGGAGAGCUUAGAUGGCUCAUGCCUGGGAGACUAUGUUGAUCCUCCUAUAGGUCUUCUGGCUCCAGUUAAGCGGCGGGGUUCUAAUAGUGGUUCUGGUGAUGAUAGCUGUGAGGAAGAGAGUCCUCGAGGUGUUAAAGUCAGGCGCUGUAGCAAAGGUUUAAAUGUACACUAUGUGGAUGUUGGUUCUUAUGAUGAAUCCUUCCUUGACACCAGUAUGUCAAGCCUGUUGAAGGGUGGCAUACCAGGUCUUCAAAAUCUUGACACUUCACAACCUCCAUCUCUUGAUGAACUGUCCAGUAAGGUUCGGAGAAAAAAUUCUGGGCAAAGUGAUGUGAGUGAUGGAGGCUUUAUGAAAGAGACGGGUUCACCCAGCUUCAAGAAUGCAUCUCAGUUACUAAAUAGAGAAUUAAAGCAGGUAUUCAGACACGUAAGGGCUUCAGUCAAAGAGGAGUAUAAAAAAGAUGGAUCUGAUUGUGAUUCUGACAGGAGCUAUGAGGGAGAAUCAAAAAGAAUGAGGAGAACAACACCAGAGGUGGUGUUUGAGCCUGACAGCAGAUAUCACCAACUUGUGAGAAGAGACUUAACCCAUCUACAGAAGGAGAAAGAAAGGCAUCAGAAGUUAGAUCAAGAAUUAGAGGCUGAAUUAGUAAAAUUGCGUGAGGAGAGAGACAGACUAGCAAAGCAGCUUGCAUUGCAACAAGAAGAGUUUGCGCAUCAACUGGAAAAGAAAGAGUUUGAAGUUGAGCAAGCCCUUGAAGAGUGCACUGGUAUUAAGGAGCAACUUGAGAAGACCACAACACAGUUAAAUCUCUCCUUUCCAGACACAAACUCUUCUAGUUUACCAAUUUCAUCUACUCCUGUUAAGUCAACCCAUUCUGGUCCCACAAGUUUGAAAGACAAGGGCCAGCUACUAACCAUGGCAUUGGAGGAGCUUGAGAUGGCUUUACGACGUGAAGAACAAGAAAGAGCCCAGCGAAUCAGCGUGGAAGCAUUGUUAGCCAAACGGAGUGAUGGUGACAGUAGUACCGAGUCUAUUGGAGGAGAAACUACAACUACGUAUCCUCAGACCCCUUCAGAACCAUCUUCAGCUGCUAAGCUUUUACUAAAAGGGCUAGGAGCUCCUAAUGGGGAGGGACGUGUUCGUGUUCUUGAGGAACAGUGUCGUGGCUUAGAAGGGGAACUUGCUAGGGUAAGGGUUGAGGUUUUGAAAAUGGUAGAAGAAAGAGACCAACUUUUGCAGCAAAAGGAAGAUCUUGAAAAGAGAAGAGAAAGUGAAGGGAGUGAGACCAUGAAAGAGAGAAUCAGGAAUUUGAUAGAGAAAAUAAAGAAGAAACGUCAAUCUCAUUCUCCUAAAACUGAAGAAAAUUCUCUGGAAAAUGCCAGAGACUGUGUGAAACAGGAAGGUGAUGUAUCAGUUUCUUCCCAAAUCAAGAGCAGUUCCAGUUGUGCCGACGGAAAAAAAGAUCCUGUUAGUGAAGAUGACUCAAGUAAACAGGAAGAUGCUGUUGAUGAAGUUGAACUUUUGGAAGGAGAGGUUUCAACCCUAGAAAAGGAACUAGCUCAUGAGCAAGAUAAUCUAGAAAAGCAGAAGGCAUCUUUGCUAGAGAAAAAUGGGAAGCUAGAACAGGACAUAGAGAUACUUCGCAUUGAACUGGACAAGAGUGAAGACUAUUGGACCCUAAAGCUGCAAGAAGAACAGGAUUACUAUGAAGAGGAAAGAAGACUUUAUGAUGAUAAGUUUUCAGCUCUAGAGAAAAAAAUACGGGAAUAUGAAGAGCUAGUCUUGUCAGGUGGUGGGAAUGGUAGAGACAUAUCAGAAGAAUCUGAUAGACUCUCUACUAUUGAUGAAAGUGCAGUUUGGGAAAAGCAGGUUACAGACUUAGAAGAAGAGGUGUCCAUGUUGAGGAAACAGAUAGAUGAACUACGAGAGGAAAGAUUUAAUAUGGAGUGUGGCUGGAAAGCCUGUGUUGAUGAUGAAAGGCAGAAAGCUGCCCAAGAAUGUGGGAAACUUCAGGAGCAAAUAUCAUCUCUUACUACUCAGCUUCAUCAAGCUCAGCACCAAGUUAAUUCAGUUUUCGAAGAGUUAGACAAGGUGAGAAGAGAAUCAGAAAAUCGUGUAAGAGACUUAGCAGACCAAAACAGAUUAAAUAUACAGUUGAGUGCUCCGCUUGUGAAUGGUCAUGACACAGAAUUGAAAGGACAGUCAAGUCCAGGAUCUCCAGAAGAAAAGUUAUUUCAUCAGGGAUCAGGUAGUACUGGUGAAGAAACUAUAAAUGGGUCCUUAAGAUCUCAGCUACGUCAGUGCCAGAAUAGACUCCGAUACUUAGAGGCUGCCUUGCGUCAGCACCAUACACAUGCACAUCACAUUUUGUCAGUCACAAGACAGCAGCAUGCCGCAGAAGUACAGAAUUUGGAGAGUAUGAUAACAGCAACCCAGCAAAUGCUUGGUCAGCAUAUAGCUAAAUACAAGGAUCAGCUAAGCAAAGCUAGCAAAAGUGAUUCUCUAGUUAGAGAAUUAUACUUAGAAAAUGCGCAGUUAAUGCGAGCUUUGCAAAUCACAGAAAGUCGUCAGAAAGCAGCUGAAGAAACAGGGCGCCAGUUACAGAUUGCAGCUCUUGACCAGAAGAUGACAUAGAUGUUGCUACUAAACCUGUAACAUUGUAAUAUACAGAGUGAAUGUGUUUAAUCUUAGACCUUGGAAGGUAAAAUUGAGUUCUGAAAAAUUUCAAGCAAUAUCCAUUUUUAAUUAUUGACCGAGCAUUAAAAUGUAACAUAGCGAUUUUUUAAAAAAAAUUUAUAAACAAAAAUAGAGGACCAAACUUUAGAUUCAUUCCAGGAACAUUUUGUAUGCAGCCAUUGUUUUUAUUCACGAGUGCCUCAUUAGGUCUGGAAAAUCUGCCAUGGUCUUUGCAUUAAGUAACCACAGUAUAUUUUGAGUAAGAAAUCUGAAAUAAGUGUAUAAUAGCUGUAACAGUUAUUGGGCUCACACACCAUGGUUGUGGCUACAGAUAAUACAUCUGGUUUAUUUUUAUGAUCAAGCAUAUUUUCACAUCUGCCUUUCAUGGUACUUCAGGAAUAUGGAUUUCCAAAUUUUUAAAGAGCAAUAUUCUAGUCAAGAUGCUUGUUUGUCUUGUACCAUUACAUAAAGGUUUUGCAAUUAUUUGGACAGUUCCUUGUGUUUGGAUUUAUAUAUGAGAAAUGAAAAGAUGAAACAGCAAAGGUAAGAAUUUGGCUAGAGUUGGGAAUUUUACUCUUUGCCCCAUCCCCUUCCCAAGGAAGUCCCUUGUCCAUGUUUUCACUAAGCCAAUAGGCUGUUUUGUAUCUCUGUGCAUGAUGUUAUUUUAUUUACUUAAAAAAAAGAAAUAUUUCACUGUAGAUAUAAAAAGUUCAAAGCACAAAGAUACUCUAUAUAAAUGCUAAAUCAUGCACAGUGAACAUUUUCAGUAAGAGGUGUAAUUAUUUAAAAUGCUUUUCCUCCUAGUCUGCAAAAUUUGUAAUCAAACUCAUUUUGUGCCAUAAUACCAAUGAUGAUGUGGCCAUCCUUAAAUUUUAAGAAAAUCAGUUUUAACUUCUGCUCUUCCAUAGAUUGCAUAUGUUUGAAAAAAAUUGGAUUCAUGUGAUAUGUUGCUCACAUCUGUACACUAGUGCCUCUGUAUCGUGAUACCAAAGCAUGUAUUGUCGUUAAUAAAGAAACCCUAAAAAAUAAUUUUUUUAACCACU